UUCUUUUGUGUCGCCAUUCCCGGCGGUGUCGCGCAUCUUCCGCGGUGUUAUCAGUAAAAAUGCCGAGCGGUCAAUAAAUGCGCGUGCCAGCGUAGCGUAGGUAGGAAUUGCUGAACCCGACGUCAAGAUUCUUGAAGCUUCCAGUUCCAAGCAGUCCUUGGAAGCAUUCUGCGAGGGACCCACCGGACAUCAUCGGUGUAUUGUGCCGAUUCGCAUUAUUAAAGCGUGUAUGCAGUGUUUAGGGUGAGGUUGAAAAUGCAUCGCCCAAUCACCGACGAUGUGUACACCAUAAUAAUAGCUAACAUUUUGCUGGCCUCACCGUGCACCCGCAGGUAAUGUGAAGCGGAGGCAUCCGUAGACUCUCAGCGCAGGAAGCAACUGAUAGAACAACAGCGGCAUCUAGCUUUUCGGUUGGGUUGACCAAUCACCGUGCAAGAAAAGUGUUUGAAAUGGGGCUGCUGGACGAAAGUGGACUGCUGUACGUCAUAGCGGACGUACUUUCGAUCGUUACCAUCGCAUCAUGUCUCGUGUCGAAGGUGCCACAGAUACAAACCGUUCGGCAGCUGCAGUCCGCCAAAGGGUUGAGCGUGACCGGGCUGCUAAUGGAGCUGUGCAGCUACACCGUCACGAUGCUGUACAACUACACCAACGGGUAUGCCUUCCUGUCCUACCUGGAGUAUCCGAUUCUGCUGGUACAGGAGUACGUGCUCGUGUACUAUGUGCUGCACCAUGAAUCGAUGCUUGGCAAACGGGCGUACCAGUGGGCUGCCGGUUAUGUGGUGGUGUUUAUUGGCUUUGCCACCGCCAUCAUACCCUCCUCGAUACUGCUGAUGCUUGUGCCAUUCACUACACCGGUGGGAGCAACCAGCAAGGUAAUGCAGCUGAACGCCAUCCUGCGAUCGAAGGAUUCCGAAUCGGUCAGCUUGAUCACGUGGGGCAUAUCGGCGUUUACCAACGCAACACGCAUCUACACGAUCAUGCUGGAUUCGGGCGACAAAAUGUUGCUGGCCAACUUCGGCAUCUCGACCGUGCUGAGCAGCUCCGUACUGUUGGCCGCGUGGUACUACAAAAAACCAAAGAAGGAUUAACGCUUCCACAGAAAGCAUCGCAACCACCUUGUUGCGCACGUAUUGCCUUGAGCGUGUGUACAAUUUUUUGGAAGUUAAUUUUCCAAUUUUAACUACGAACAAACACCCCCCCCCCCCACACACACACACACACACACACGUAUUACGCUUAAUCUUACUCUUGCACCUGAGUAGGCGAGUGCCUCUCGUUGCUUAUCCAGUAGCACAUCAUCUUCGUAACUGGGAGAUUUGGUUAGCAAUGCAAUCCCAAUUUAAUUAAUUAUUUUAACGAAACUGACGAACAAAUUAACAAUCUUACAUGACCUGCAAAAUACCGAACAAUAAAGUGAUUAAAUAAAAAUAAUUCAA